AUGGCUGACCUCCCCACUCUCUCGUCGCUCCCCUCUCAGUCCCAAGAGAUCCAGCUGCGGGUGCUCGACACGCUUUUCGAGCCCUCGCCCGAGCUCCACCAGUUGAUGAUCCCCGUGCUCGCCAACCAGACCUUCUCCUCGUAUGCCUCGCUCAUCGAUGCUGUCGGCGGCCGCAUGUCUGCGCUCUCUGCGCCCAAUUCCCCGAUCGAUGAGAAGGUCCUGUUCGGCAUCUUGGGUUCGCACCCGCGCCUCGGCCGAGCCCCCGCCAACCCGGAACAUUUGAGCGAAUUGAGCAAGAAGGAGCAAGAGCAGUUGAACACCGGCGCCGAGGAGCAGGCCGAGAAAUUGCGGGCGCUCAAUGCCGAGUAUGAGGCGAAGUUCCCCGGCUUGCGAUUUGUUACAUUUGUCAAUGGACGCAGCCGGGAUGUCAUCAUGGUCGAAAUGCGCCAGCGCAUUGACCGAGGUAACGCUGAGCGCGAGAUCACCGAGACUAUCCAGGCGAUGUGUGACAUUGCUAAGGAUCGCGCACGGAAGCUGCAAGCGCGCAUUUAA